AUGCCUCGCUCGCUGCUUCAGCCAUACAGGUCGCAGGUGAUGGGGUUUCUUGAGGACUUUGACUAUUACUCUUCCCUGGCCAAACUCAUGUCCAUCUACCAAACAACCAACAGGACCAUCUUCAACUGGACAGAUAGCCGCAUUGUUGAGUGGGAGAAAUUUGCUGAGCUGGCUGAAUAUGAGCCAGAAUCCCAGAAGCCAACAGUGAAGGCUCUCCUGAUUGUGGCAUACUCGGUCAUUAUCAUCAUGUCCCUCUUCGGGAACAUGCUGGUGUGCCAUGUGGUGCUGAAGAACAAGAGGAUGCACUCAGCCACCAGCCUCUUCAUUGUCAACCUGGCCGUGUCUGACAUCAUGAUCACACUGCUCAACACACCUUUCACCCUGGUUCGGUUUGUGAACAGCACGUGGAUCUUCGGGAAGGCAAUGUGCCACGUCAGCCGCUUCGUGCAGUACUGCUCCCUGCAUGUCUCCACGCUGACCCUGACGGCCAUCGCGCUCGACAGGCACCAGGUCAUCCUGAACCCGCUGAAGCAGAGGAUGUCCCUGACAAAGGGAGUGCUGAGCAUCUCUGUCAUCUGGCUGAUGGCAACCUGUUUCUCCCUGCCCCAUGCCAUAUAUCAAAAUCUUUUCCAGUACAACUACAGCCUGUCCCUCCUUGGUUCCCGACCUGUUCUGCCCCUCCUGCCCCACCAGCCUGUGUAUCUGGACCUGUCUACCUUUCUCCUUCUUUCCCUCCUGCCUCUGCUGAUCAUCACUGUCACCUACAUGCGCCUGGCCAAGAAGCUGUGGCUCCGCAAUGCUGUCGGGGACGUCACCGUGCAGCAGUACGUCGCCCACCACAGGAACAAGAAGAAGAGCAUCAAGAUGCUGAUGCUGGUGGUGGUGGUCUUUGCCAUCUGCUGGUUCCCCCUCAACUGCUACGUGGUGCUCAUCUCCAGUCUGGGCAUCAAGACAAAGAACUCGCUCUAUUUCGCCCUGCACUGGUUCGCCAUGAGCAGCACCUGCUACAACCCCUUCAUCUACUGCUGGCUGAACGAGAGCUUCCGUGCCAAGCUCAGGGCUCUGCUCUGCCUCUGCCCGUGGGCGCCGCGGGCUCAGCACCGCGCGCUGCCGCCAGCGCCUGCGUCCUACUGCCAGGCGUGGAUGGAGCAGGCCAGCAGCGGGGCCCGGCCUCCCGGACCGUCUGCUCCCCCGGGAUCCUCACAACGGCCAGCACGGACCUGUGAGACCUGUGAGCCGCAGCUGGGGCAGUGA